AGCAAAGAGAGUCAGCAACUUGGAGCACUGCGACCCCGGAGUGUCCCCUCCCCAGCAUGGCCGACGGGUUGUUUUUAAACCACGAACUUUCCAAGCUCUUCAACCAGCUGUGGGAUGCUGAUGUUAACCGCUUCAAACCGGGUCGGGAUUACACCAUCUCACUGCAGGGGAGAGUAGGCUUUAUCCCCCAGGGCAGCCACACGGCCAGGGACAAUGCCGCGCAGCCCCUGUUCCUGCAGGUGGAUGAAGAGCGUCUCCAAGGCACCAAGACCUUUGCAGCCUUCAUCUCCCUCCUGGACAACUACGAGACGGCCACCGGGGAGCCCGAGGUCGUGACUGCGGAGGAAGAGGCCGAAAACCACCGUUUCUUGGAUGCCAUCCUGGACACGACCGUCAUGAAACUCACACAUCAGUACCUGGUGGGGAAAAACUUGGCCCGGCCCAGUGUGAAGGACUUCAAAUCUCAGCUCUACCACAUCUGGUUCCAGCUAUACCCCCGCGAGGGGCAUCGGGGGCCGGACUCCUGCGGGUUCGAGCACGUGUUUGUCGGCGAGACCAGGCGGGGGCAGGAGGUGCUGGGCUUCCACAACUGGGUGCAGUUCUACCUGCAGGAGAAACGGGGAAACGUAGAUUAUAAGGGCUACGUGGCCAGGCAGUCCAAGACUCGGCCUGAUGCCGAAGACCAGGUUCUGAGCCUGCAGUUCGGCUGGAAAGAUUUGGUCAAGCCCGUCGGCAGCACCUUCAUCGGCGUCAGCCCUGAGUUCGAAUUUGCUGUGUUCACCGUGGCCUUCCUGCAGUCUGGAGAGAAGGUGUCACGGGUGCUGGUGAGGGUAGAGGAAUAUGAGCUGCUGCUUGUAGUCUGUCGCCACGGGAGACACAUUGGCUCGGCGUACCCUGUCCUGAUCAGCAGUGACAAUGAGGAUUUGUACUGAGGGCUGCCCGCCCGCCUGUUGUCAGCAUUUUCAAUAAAAUUGGAUUUAAACCC